CUACUCCCUUCUGAUAUGAGUAUCCUUUCUGUUGAGCCCUUUGCGCUUGCAUUGUUGACUCUGUUGCGAAUUAGACAUUUGCUGAUGAGAAUCACCUCUCAGUAAGCUUUCGUCUGUGAUCGGAGAAAUCCCCGAAACAGCGUGCCGAGAGUGUAACUUUUUUAUGUAAUGACCCCGCUCUCCCAUCACGCUCUCCACUCGCUUAUUGCUGUCACCUAACUGUACAUCCUACAGCAGGAGAGUCGAUACAUCGGUCCUCAAUUGUCGUCGCCCAUGCUCAAAAAGCCGGAACGCCGUGCCGUGAAGCUCUGCUGCAUCCGCCACGGCUGAGAUACGCCCUUCACAAUGCUCGGCGAGUGCAAAGGUUCUCCUAAGAUGAACGCCCGAGCGGCUCGCUCUCUCCAGUUUUCGGGCCCUCCGGUGCCCAAAUUCCUCCAGUCGUUGCACUCCCAAGUACAUGGGUCGCAAGGGUCUGGAUCAAAGGCUAGCCGUGGUGGCGAUGAGCUGGAUGAGCUUCUCUCCCUCGACCCGGAUCGACCCAUGAUACCGGUGCGACCAGGAGGGCCAGAGAAUGACCAAGGGGAGAUUAGUGGGGAUGAAUGGGACGGAGCUCAAAUCGUCGUUCUCAAGGAUGGAAGGCACUUGACAGCCGAUGAAGUCAAGCAGGCUGCAAAAGACUGCCACCCGCCGUCGAUGGGCUCAAAUGUGUCAAACUCUUCGGUUGCUGUUGGCGCCAAAAUUUCACAGCCUGGCUCCGGUAUUACCGGAUCAAAGCGGCGAGCCCCAGUCGACGACUCCACAGCUAUCUCACAUACUUCUGCGUCCUCAGAAACGCAAGCACAGACAGGCAUCAGCAGCGCCAAGAUGCACGUUGCCAACUAUCAAAACGGGAUGGGUGAGGCCAAAGACCUCAUCUUUGCAAAAAAGCGACAGCGAGAAGACGAACAGAUAAGCGAAAAGGAGAAGAAGCGGAAGGCAAAGGAGGACGAAAGGCAGAGAAAGAACAGAGCUGCUAAAAACGAGAAGAAAAAGAGCGGGAAGGGACUGAGCUUUGACCUGGAAGGUUAGACAAUGGGGGAUCGUGGAUGCACUCAACUUUACUGUAGCAUAAUCUAGACGCUGUGUCAUGCGAAAUUGCAAUCCCAG